GCCCAGAUCCCCCUUGCUCUGUUCCCACUGCCGCCGCCGGAGCCGCCGCGAUGUCGACGCCGACGCCGGCGCUGCUGCCCGACGAGGGCAUGGCGAGGGUGCGCCGCAAGAAGGACUUCCGCCACAUGGAGCGGGUGGACGGCCGCAUGCUCAACAUCCUCCAGGGCCUCGAGCUCCACGCCAACGUCUUCUCCCCCGACGAGCAGCAAAAGAUCGUCGCCUGCGUCCUCGACCUCCAGGACCAGGGCCGCCGCGGCCGCCUCCGAGAGCGGACCUACUCGGAGCCGCGCAAGUGGAUGCGGGGCAAGGGCCGGGCGACGAUCCAGUUCGGCUGCUGCUACAACUACGCCGCCGACCGGGACGGCAACCCGCCGGGGAUCGUGCGGGACGAGGCCGUCGACCCGCUGCCGCCGCUGCUCGCCGCCAUGGCGCGCCGCCUCGUGCUCUGGCGCCUGCUCCCGCCGGCCUGCGUGCCCGACAGCUGCAUCGUCAACGUCUACGACGUCGACGACUGCAUCCCGCCGCACGUCGACCACCACGACUUCCUCCGCCCCUUCUGCACCGCCUCCUUCCUCGCCGAGGCGCCCAUCCUCUUCGGGAAGGAGAUGAGGGUCGUCGCCCCCGGCGAGUUCUCCGCCGCGGCCUCCAUCCCGCUGCCCGUCGGGUCGGUCCUCGUGCUGAACGGCAACGGCGCCGACGUCGCCAAGCACUGCGUGCCCGCUGUGCCGGCCAAGAGGAUCUCCAUCACGUUCAGGAAGAUGGACGCCUCCAAGGUCCCGUACGGGUUCCGGCCCGACCCGCUGCUGCAGAGCCUCGCGGCUGCGGCCGUCCGGCCGCCGAUGACGGCGGCGAGCGCGCCCCCGAACAGAGCGGCCUGGGAGCAGAGCAAUGGCGAGGCGGCCAAGCAUGCGACACCUCAGGCUCAGCAGCAGCAACCGGCGGCGCCUCUGUACCAGGCUGCUGCUGCCAGGGCGGGGCAGACACAGUCACAGAGCCCCGGCGGCGGAGUGCCUUUCAGCCUCUCCACCGACGAGUUCCCGGCGCUUGGUGCCUCGCCGGCCAGCGGACGACGGCCGGGAAGGAGAUAAAGAAUUCAAUUUUUUGAUUUGAAAGAUGAUGAGUUGAGAGAUACUGUACUUCAGUUUGUUGGAGCUCAUGUAGCAUUAACGACAUUCAUUCAUUCAUCCGAUGUAAUUGACUACCGCCACUCAUCAUAGGUUCAAGAAAGAAUGAAAACUUGAUAUUAGUACAUUGAUUAUGAUGGUGAUCUACUCUGAUUGCGUU